AUGGUAACCAUCACCACAUCUACCAUCGACUCUACACACUCACCCAUCAUCACAAUUAAUGCUGCCACAACCAUCAAUGAAAAACUCAUCCCCUCUACUUUUCCACAGUGGCGAGCUCAAUUUGAAGCAUUGCUCAUUGGCUACGAUCUUAUUGAGUUUGUAACGGGUACACACAAGUGUCCUGUCAUUGAUGUGCUGAACCUUACUGCAUCCAAAGCUGCGAAUUCCCACUGGAUUCGCCAAGACAAGCUCAUCCUACAUGCCAUCCUCGCCUCCACCUCUACCACCAUUACCCCCCUUCUCUUUGCCUACAAAACAUCUCAUGAGGCUUGGACAACACUUAUCCGCUUAUAUGCAGGCAAAUCCAGAACACGUGUGAUGCAGCUCAAAGAAGACCUGACCUUGAGCAAUCGUGGGUCUCGUUCAGUUUCUGAAUUCCUUCAAGGAAUUAAAGUAAUUGCUGAUGAACUAGCAAUCAUCGAUCAUCCAGUUUCAGAUGAUGAUUUAACUCUAUACAUACUCAAUGGAUUGGGUAUUGAGUUUAGAGAAAUUGUUGGAAUGUUACCAUUGAUACGCUGA